AUGAGCGGAUUCAACGAUCUUUUGAAGAAAGGCGAAGAGGCCCUUGGCGGCAAAGAUGGCAAGGCCCCAGACCUCAAGGACCUCCAGAAGGACGCCCAGCAGGCUUACGAGACCUACAACAAGACGGAGGGCUCUGCUACGGACAAGGCCAAGGCUGCCUACAGCGAGUUCUCCAAGAAGUCUGGUGAGUCUGAGAAGAAGGAGUAG